AUGUCUCCUUCCAGAAGGAAUGCUCCCUCGCUGCCCUUGGGUCUGAUUCUCGCAGUUCUCUGCAUCGCAUCGGCAGUUUGCAGCGCUUCAAUUGAUGCUGCUCGGAUGGACCUUCAUCAACCGCCAAGUUCCGUCUUGACUCGAUCGCAAUCAAACCUCGGCACGGCCGAUAGACUCUUCUUGCCUAGGCACGGAGAUAAUGAGGAGGAACAUGAUGCCGAAGACGAAGAGCAUGGACACGACUUGCAUCACGAGAUGGCUGAGUCAAUGCAGAACAUGGAGAUGACAGACGACAGUCACGAGCACGAGCACGAGCACGAGCACAAGCACAAGCACAAUCACAAUCCUGAGCAGGAACACAACCACGAAACCUCUCAUUCGGCUACUCUCGGACAUUCCCACCACGACAUGGCGGCCACCGGCCUUUCGCCCUCAUCCAUCCCAGACGCUACUAUCGCCGGCUCGGAACUGCUCGAACUUCCAAUCUGGCACGCCCACAGGGGACACAGCCAUUCGCACACCGGCCCCGUUCUCGAGGAGCUCAACGAGACGCUUCUCUUCCGCGCACACGGUCCUGAUCCCCUCAGCUACAUCGAGUGGGACUUCGGCUAUGCUCUCGGCUCGGUCGCCGAGCUGCGUCGGUUCACAUCGGAUACAGACGUCUUGGCAGGCAAGCCAAAAAUGGGAGUCGUCGAUAAACGCUGGAGGAAAUUCUUGGAUGAAAAGGAUGCGGAGCAACGACAGGCGAUUGCUGCCGAUAUUGCAGCUCGUCUUUCAGCAUCGCAAGGCGAUGGGCCCAGUCGUCACCGCGGUCUGUUGAUGCUUCACGUCGUGACCGCCGUGAUCAGCUGCUUCCUGUUGCUUCCCAUGGCUCUCGUGCUCCGUGCUGCUCAUUCGAGCUUAGCACCAUUUGUCUCUCUGCUUUACUUGGUGUUGCUGGGCGGAUCCAUGUUAGUCUCCAUCGCCUACAAAGCACUCACGCCUCGUCUGUACCCGGAAAAUGCGCACGGCUCGAUGGGAUGGGCUAUCUUGUGCAUCUCUCUCAUCACCCUUGGCAGCGAUGUUUUCCGUCUGCUUGUCCAGAUCAGGUCUACUAUCACGUCGUUGACGUCGUCCAAACAAUCGAGCAGCAACGUGUGGCUUCCAACGGACAUUGGUGAAACCAACGGAGUGCACCGCUCUUGGAAGGAUGUUGGAGCAACUUUGCUUGGUCGCCAACAGCACCGUAUGCCGAACAGCGAGAGUUACGAUGCACUAGAAGAAGAGGCCAUGUUGUCCACCGAGGGGAGAGCGCAGAGCGAUUCGCUGAAUUUUGAUCUUGAAAAACAUUUGCAGCAUCGUCUGUCCUCGAGGCGUAGCCAGAGCAAUUCUCGCACUGGCUCUGGAUCUGGCUCUCCCCACCAUGUCCAUUUUGACGAUCGUGCAGAUGGCGCUCACAGUCGCCGCACGCUUGGUUCUAGCGUCGAAUCGCUCGCCGAGCCUGUGCCAUGGGUUGGCAGCGGCAGUACCGUAGUCAGCUGUAACGAUGAACAGCAUCGUCAUGGUACUCAAGCUGCGUAUGGCAACGUCAUGGUUGCUUCGCCCACUACUACCGUUUGCAACACGCCGCGCAACUCGAUGAUUGGUGGCGAAUCGGCGCUGCUCUCUCCACUCAAUCUCAAACCGAUCUCGCCUUGGAACAUACAGACACACCAAGCCCAGAAGCCCUCGCCCCGUGAUGCGCCCAAUGACAUGCUGGCAGCAGCUUAUUCGCCUACCAAAGCACGUUCAAGCCGGCUGGACAUUUUCCGUACGAUUGUUCGUUACACUCGUGUCGUUGCCGCUCGUUCGCUGCCCGUUUUAGCAUUUGCGACAUCCUACACGGGUCUAGCUGUCUACACGGGCUCGUGUCGUGGUGGCUACAAGAAUGUGUGCCUGGCACACGGCAUCAAGGGCGGCAUCUUUUUCUGGUUUGGAUUGCUGACGUUCGGACGAUACCUCGGAGCCUACGCGGACUGCGGAUGGGCAUGGAACAAGCGACCUAGUGUACAAGCAGCGAGGAGCACGAGCCGUAGCCAGUCUGCGUGGCGACGCAGCAUGCCUAGCGCCGAGUUUGUCGAGUGCCUGGUCAUCUUCAUCUACGGCGUCAGCAACACUUGGAUGGAGCGCUUUGGUGCUGCUCCUGGUGAUCCGUACACGAUCAAGCAGAUCCAGCACAUCUCAAUCGCUGUCAUGUUCUGGUUUGCCGGCCUGAUGGGAAUGCUGCUCGAGACAAAGUGGAUUCGCAACAUGCUCUCGUUUCCGAUCGCUUACAACCAUGUAGCGGCCGUCCCUCUGCGUGAGGUUCGACAUCGGUAUCGCCACAGUACUGGUACCCGCAAUGAAGGAGCCGAUGCUGACUUAGAUUUGUUGUUGGAUGCGCAGACGCAGCCAGCAUCCUACUCGGCUUCUUUCAAUCCAUUCCCCGCGCUCGUUAUUGGCAUUACGGGCGUAGCUAUGGCAGCGCACCACCAGGACUACCAGUACGAGGUCGCGAUCCAUAUGCUGUGGGGCCAGCUUCUAGCCGGUUUCGCUUUGCUGCGAUGCCUCACUUACUUUUUGCUGUGGCUGCGACCACCAACAGCAUCGGUUUUACCCUCUCGUCCGCCCACUGAGGCUCUGGCUGCAUUUUCCCUGUGUUGCGGCGGCCUGGUGUUUAUGCUGAGCAGCGAGGAAGUCUCGUUUGCAGCGAUGCGCAGCGGCUACGGCGACUUUAUGGCGAUUCUCAACGUAGCUGUGGCUGUAGUCGCACUGCUGUUUUGCUGGACGACGGUGCUCAUGAUGCUCAAGGGUUGGGCGGUGCGUCGCGAGGUGAAGCGUACUACGGAAGAACAGCAAGACGAACAGUUUGUCAGCGAGGAGCGAGCGCCAAGACACAUGCGCGCCAAGGCCGUCUCGAAACACGACGAGCCUGUUGCGGAGGCUGAAGCCGUGUUUGUGCUCGACGAUGACGACGAUGUUGAUAACAAGGACGACAGCGAACAAGCGUCGGUCGGCCGCCACAUUUCCGUAUAA